AUGCAGGAUUACAUGAUCCAAGGUGCUCCUUCAGGUUCCAUUGCUGUGACGCAUGAAAGUGGUUGGAUGACUGCUGAUAAUUUCGUAAAAUAUCUAGAUCACUUCAUAAAACACGCAAAAUGUUCCAAUGAAAACAAAUGCAUAUUAGUCCUUGACAAUCACGAAAGCCAUAUUUCACCCAAAGCCUUAGACAAAUGUAAGUUAAAUGGCAUUCAUUUACUAACUUUACCACCUCACACAAGCCACCGCUUACAACCUUUAGAUGUAUCGGUUUUUGGUCCGUUUAAAAGAUAUUAUAAUGAACAGGCAGAUGCAUGGAUGGUCAGCCAUCCAGGACAAACAAUUUCAUUAAAAAAUAUACCGGAAUUAGUUGGAUUAGCCUAUGUCAGGGCGUUCUCGCCAUCAAAUAUAACCAAGGGAUUUUCAACCACUGGAAUUUAUCCUUUUAACCCACAUUUAUUUGAAGAUCUCGAUUUCGCAGGAGCAGAAGUUACAAACAGACCAUAUGAGGAAUUAAGGGAAAAUUCUGAAAAAGAACUCGAUAGAGAUGACCCAAUAGCUCAACCUGGCACAUCCAUAUCUCAGCAAGAGACAACACCACCACCUGGCACCUCUUUAUGUCAACAGAAGUCAACUUCAAAUCCAAUAGAAACGUUUCUACAGGAUAGCACCACAAUCCAAAGCACCUCAUCUGUUUCAUUUAAAACUCCUGAAGAAGUUCGUCCUUAUCCCAAGGCACAACCACGAUUGAAAAAAGGAGGCAGAAAGCCUGGUCGGACAAGAAUCUUAACCGACACCCCAGAAAAAGAGGCCAUUGAGGCCGAGUAUAAGAUGAGGGAAGGAAAAAAACGUAUGAAAACUAAAGUUGAAAUGGCUAAACGAAAAAUAAGUAGUGAAACUGGAGAAAAUAAUCACUUUGAAAAACUCAAUGCUGAGAGUACGGAAUCCCAACCCAAAAGAAAAGUUUUGGAUAGAAAUGCAAAAACAGAAAAACGUGUGUUCGGUGACUCGGAUUCUGAGGACGAAAAGGAUCCAUUUUCUGAUGCAGAUGACGAUGACGAUGCCGCUUGCAUCUACUGA